AUGGUCCUCCUCACCACAACUCCACUCAUAGCCAAAGCUCUCAACGAGCUUUCGGCAUCUACGCGACUCGACCUAAACCUCCCAGAACACAUACCUCCCACCGGCGCACCAAUAUCACACGACCAAUUGAUCUCUUUAGGCAGGCAAAGGAAUGGAUACACCCUCAACAAUCUCCUCAAGGGGACGAAAGUGUAUAUCCCUCCUCCGCCGCCGAAACCAGAACCGACACCGGAAUAUCUCGCUCUCAAAGCACGCCUGCAAGCCCUCGCCGACGAACAAGCAUACAACGCCCUGAUUGCGCCGAAUUCGACGCAUUUGAAUCCUUACAAACCAUCAUCCAUUUUUGCGGACACUCCUACCGUAAUUGAGAACGACGAAAAUGUGGAGGACAUGGUCACGCCCUCGCUCGUAAUCAACAUCUUCAUGUCCGUCAUCCUCUGCGGCUUCGCGACAUUUUGGGCUUUGAAGAAUUUUCAGACUCCUUCUUUUCUAGGCUGGAUUUUACUAAGCCCUACUGGCCGGAGAGAUGGAGUGAAUACAGGAGGAGGAGGAGCGACAAGGUCGAAAGAUCCGGUGUUUGUGUUGAUUGCCAUGUCGGUUGGAUUGCUGGUUGGUGUUGCGGAGACGGUGGUUUAUGCGGCGUAUGUUAGAAAGGUCAAGUAUGCGAAGGCUGCGGAGAGGAAGGUCAAGGAGAGGAAGGAGGUUGUUUCUUCUGUUGAGCUAGGAGGCGAGAAGAAUGACACCAAGGUUGUUGAUGAUAAUGCCGAUGGUGAAGAAAUCAUAUGGGGAAAAGGCGUUAAUGGGGGAGUCCGAAGACGGGUCAGAGAGAGAUGGGAAACUCUCAAUGAUGACUCUCAAUGA